CUCUGCGCUAUUAAGUUGUUUUUCAGCCGCCAAUAAAACAACAACAAGAAGAAGAGGCACCACAACGAUUCUAACGUUGUUUCACCGCGUGUUUCUUGGUGUUGGACCUUGACUUUUCCAGCAAAAUUAGGACAAGUCACGUUGGAACAUUUGUCUUAAUCCUCGAUAUGGUAAAAUUAUCUGCAGAACUCAUUGAGCAGGCUGCUCAAUAUACAAAUCCCAUCAGAGACAGAGAGUUGGAUUUACGAGGUUAUAAAAUCCCGGUACUUGAAAACCUUGGAGCCACUCUGGACCAGUUUGACACAGUUGACUUGUCUGAUAAUGAAGUCCGCAAACUGGAUGGCUUCCCUCUACUUAAAAGACUGAAAACACUGCUCAUGAACAACAACAGGAUUUGUCGGAUUGGUGAGAAUCUGGAGCGGUCUCUUCCAAAUCUGAGAGAAUUGGUUCUGACAAACAACAGCAUACAGGAGCUGGGUGACCUGGAUACUCUGGCCUCAGUGAAGACCCUGACUCUUCUGAGCUUGUUAAGGAAUCCAGUGACAAACAAGAAACAUUACAGGCUCUAUGUCAUCAACAAAAUCCCUCAAAUUCGUGUGCUUGACUUCCAGAAAGUAAAACUUAAGGAGCGUCAGGAGGCGGAGAAAAUGUUCAAGGGCAAACGAGGUGCCCAACUUGCAAAGGACAUUGCCAAGCGAACCAAAACGUUUACUCCAGGAGCAGCGGCACAGAUUGACAAGAGGACAGGGCCAUCUCAAGCAGAAGUAGAAGCCAUCAAGAAUGCAAUUGCUAGUGCAUCAUCAUUGGCAGAGGUGGAGAGACUGAAAGGUAUGCUUCAGGCUGGUCAGAUCCCAGGACGAAACCUCAAACAAGGUACAACUGGAAUGAUGGUGGACGAAGAGGAGCAGGAGGAAGGUGAUCUGGCACAGGAGUUGGAUACUAAUGGAAGUGCUGCAGAGAUGAUGGAUGAGGAAAUUGAAGAAAAUGAUCAAGUUGUUAAUAAAAUGUCUCACGUUGGAUCCUGAGCUCUGAAGGGAAAGUGUUUGGCUUUGCUUUUGUUGGACAAAUGUUUUGAAAGGGCUGUUUUUAUUUUGUAAAGUGAGAUACAUUAAACGUAUUAUUAAAUGUU